AUGAUCGCCAUUGGCACCGGCGGCGCGACGAAGAUCGGCAAGGCCACAUACGUCGACCGCAGACGGAUGGAGGUCCAGGUGCAGUGGCAGCGAGUGCCCGGCGCGUUCUCGAACCACUUCUCCGUGCAUGCCGUCGGCGCGAAGACGCCGAAAAAGAGGCGCAUCCGCAAAGCCACUGACGCGGCGCUCGAGGAGCUCAUCGUGGACGUGCUCGGCACCCUCGCGCCAACCAUCGUCGCGACGCUGGUCGCCUACAAGGCCACCUUCUCCGCCGCGAGCUGGGCACGCUCCGUGGAGCGCCUUGAGAGGAAGGGCCUCACCGACAGCGCCGGCGGCGUGCGGUCCUCCAUCACGCUGGACGAGCUCGGGAAAGUGUCGAUCGACGGGCUGGGCGGGCACGGCUUCGGCCGCCUCGCGUGCAUCAACGGCAACAAGUCGGAGAAGCGGACGGCUACAGCUACUGCCGCUUUGAUCAAGGCCGUCAUCGCGGCGCAGCUCAAGCACAACGCCACGGUGGUUGAGGACAAGCGCGUGCAGCCGCUCGUCGCCACAAAGAAGUACACGUACCGGCAGCUCGCCUCCGCGCGCCGGCAGCUCACCCGCCUCUCGGCCGCGCCCGUCUCUGUGGCCGUCCUCGUCGCCUUCAACACCGAGGCGGACACGCACAACGCCUCUGCGCCCAAGGGGAAGACGGUGGCGCGGUUCGACGUGAAGGGCACCUACACGAUCACGCAGCUCGCCAAGGCGCGCGAGCAGCUCACCCUCGCAACGAAGCGCGUCGCCUCGGGUGAAAGUGCGCUUGUCGAGCUGCUGGAGGAGAAGCUGACGGAGCGCGACGCGGCAGGAGCGCUGGUCUUCCGAUGCCGCGGCGGCGGCCCUCAGUGUGGCGGCCCUGACUGGGCGCGGCUCGGCAAGGACAAGUCGAUCGCGGUAUACGUGAAGCAUUGCGCAUCAGCAAAGGCGAUGGUCCAAUACCUCUCCCGCCACUGCAAAUCGUAUCCUGAUCUGGCCGCCCACGUCGACGUCUUCACCGCAUCUUGGGAGGCCCUGCAGAGCGAGAUGUACUUCGCCAUUGCGGGCCUCGUCGAUCAGCUCUCUCUCGGUAAGGGCGUGAUGCGACGCCAGGACUGGGAGGCGGCGGUAGCCGAGGUGGCCAAGGUGCCCGGCCACUGCCUCGCCGGCCUGAGCGCACCGCAGCUGCAACGCCGCUGGUCUCGCCGAGCGGGCUUCAGCUCGGACACGUCCUCCGGCACUGGCACCUUCGCGCUCAUCCUCGCAGCAGAGCUGACACCGGCGCCGCCCGAGCGGCGACAUCUCAUCAAGAUUGCGCCCGAGGCGACGGACGCAUGCGGCGGCACCAUCUGGUACGACCACACGGACGGCGUCCUGUUCAACUCGGGCGAGGUUGCAGCGCAAGACGUGUCCGUGCGAGUCGGCGAGAGGAUCCAGGCGCGGCCGUCCUCACCAUCGGGCCCUCCACCCGCCGCGUACGUCCUCGUGCGCCGAGCGGCUGACAAGCCGACGCAAGGCGCCAAGCGCGCAAGAGGCGCGGACAAGCCGCAGCAGGACACCGAGCGCCCCUCGAGCAGCGGAGAUGGGGCGACGGGCAAGCGUCCGGCGCGCAAGACUGCAGUCAAGGCCAGAGCGGAAGAGGCGGGGGGCUCGGAGGCGGCGCCCUCGAGCCAAACCAAGCCGCCGCAGGAGCCGACUGGUGGCAGCACCGCAAGCCCCGACGCGAUGGACAUGGAGGUGGCGGAGGCCGCGCCGGACGGACUCCCCUCGGCUGAGCCGGCCGAGGGUGCGGACGCGGAGGUGGUGAACGUGCAGCUCGACCAGGCUGACAGCGCCGCGGCAGCCGACAUCGACAUGGAGGUGGCGGAGGACGCGCCGGCCGAGGACGCGCAGGCCGGGCUCCCCUCGGCUGAGCCGGCCGAGGGUGCGGGUGUCGAUUGGCAGCCCCGCCCAAACCGCGGGAACGUACUCGCUGCUGCUGUCAUGGGGCGUGCUUACGAGGAGAUGAGGCGUGGGCAGCACACCCAGGCGCGGCAGAGUAUCCAGCUCGCCCUGACGCACGACGCGUGGCACCCGGAUGCUCGCCGAUUGGCCCGGGCCUUGCGAGGGCUCUUGGUACUGGUUCGCGAAAGCAAGUGCGAGGGCGCCCCGUCGCGGAUCGGGAUCCCGAUGGACGGCUCGCCCGUCGCCGUCGGCCGCGGGGUCCGCAUCGAGGGCGUGCCGUGGAACUGGACGUCGACCAUCAGCCGCUCCCACGCGGAGCUACGCGUGGGAGCCUACUGGGAUGUGGAGAUCGCCGACGGCGGCUUCCAUGCGGAGGACAGGUGCUCGCUGCACGGCAUCACAGUGAAUGGCGUGCGGGUGCCGGGUCGACCGCGCCGACCGGCCGACGGCCCCAAGCCGGCGCCGACCGUCGUCCCGGAGGGCGCCGUGGUCGAGUUCGGAGGGCUCGGCCACUGUGUCUACCGGCUCAUGCGUGUGGAGUGA